AUGACGACAUCAUCGUGGGAAGACACGGCUACUCAGAAGCGCGAAGCCAUCCUAGCUGCUAUACCAUCAAAAUGGCGACUGGAGAAGUUGCCGUCUGUAGAGGAACAAACUGAUGUCACCGAUUAUGUGAAGCAGUACUUCAAUGAAAAGGAGCUCAAAAUCACCGAAAGCAGUGCGGAUGUGAUUGCGAAGACGGUGGCCGAGGGGAAGUGGACUGCCGAGGAGGUCACGAGAGCAUUCUGUCAUCGAGCUGCAGUGGCGCAUCAGCUGCUACACUGUCUACAUGAAAUCUUCUUCGAUGCCGCCAUCCAAGAUGCAAAGGCACUUGACGAAUACUAUGCGAAACACAAGAAGACGAUAGGACCCCUUCAUGGUGUACCAGUCUCCCUCAAAGAUCAGUUCCACGUCAAGGAUGUGGAGACUAGCAUGGGCUACGUAGGAUGGAUCGGUACAUUUGAAGGUAAGAAAGGUACCGGCAAAGAGAAGGUUUUCGAGAGUGAAAUGGUGAAGAUGUUGCGGAAUGCAGGUGCUGUCUUGUAUUGCAAGACCAGUGUGCCGCAUACGUUGAUGAGUGGCGAAACAGUCAACAAUAUCAUUGGGUAUACGCUCAACCCGAAGAAUAGAAACUUGACGGCCGGUGGUAGCUCGGGUGGUGAGGGCGCGUUGAUUGGAAUCAGAGGAUCACCAGUAGGUUUUGGUACUGACAUCGGUGGCUCCAUCCGCAUUCCCGCCGCCUUCAACGGGCUCUACGGCCUUCGCCCAUCCACAGGUCGCCUCCCAUAUGAAGGCAUGGCGAACUCAAUGGAAGGCCAAAAUACUGUUCUUUCCGUAGUCGGACCCAUUGCAACCAACGCAGCCUCUCUACGCCUUGUAACUCAAGCCCUUCUCCAGCAAAACCCAUGGCUUCACGACCCCCUCGUCCACGAGAUCCCCUGGCGCGGCGACCAAGAAACCGAGAUCAAGUCCGCAAAGAAACUCUGCUUUGGCGUACUGAGAACAGACGGCGUGGUAAACCCCACGCCACCCGUCCGCCGCGCAAUCGAAUUGGUUGUCAAAGCCCUGCGCAGCGCGGGUCACGAAGUCAUCGAUUGGCAACCACCAUCCCACCGCAUCAUCAACGACACUGGCUUCAAUUCCUGGAUCUAUGACGGCGGAAAAGACGUGUGUUCCGCUUUUGCCCUGUCCGGUGAACCCAUGGCCCCGCAAGUCUCGUUUUAUUCAUCCCUUGAGAAGGAGUUUGCAGCCACGGAGAUUGCUGCUACCAAUGUUGAAUUGCGCCGCUUGAAGAAGGAGUACCUGGAGUAUUGGAACAGUACGGCCGAAAAGACGGGUACAGGGAGGCCGGUGGAUGCGGUGAUUUCCCCUCUUGCGCCCUUCCCUGCUGCAAGGAGGGAGAAGUACAAGUACUAUGGCUACUCGACGUGGGUAAAUGCUCUGGACUACACGAGUGUUGUUGUUCCGGUCACGAAUGCGGACAAGAAGAUCGAUGCGAAGGAAGAAGGGUACAAAGCGCUUGACGAGCAGGAUAAGACUAUCCAAGACGACUAUGACCCGGAGGUGUACGAAGGGGCGCAUGUGAGUCUGCAGUUUGUUGGACGGAGACUGCAGGAGGAGAAGAUGCUUGCUGUUGCGGAAGUUUAUAAAUAUGUAGUACUAAUCGAGUAUAUCCUGCACGCUACAGGUGAUUAUCGAAAUUCAACAAACAAGUACACGACAUCCGCUGCGCCAGCGCUGGCAUGCUCCACGCCUAAAGACUUUAAUCACGUAGUAUAG